AGCCAAUCCUUCCCAUUUAUCAGAUCAAAACAUCAUUCAUUUUCAUUUCAAAUUUCCUUUUUCCUUUUUUUUUUUUUUUCAUUCUUCUUUUUCCCAUGAACCAAACACUCCCAGAUAUUUCAAAUCAAAUUACAUGCUAUAAUAAAUCAAGAAAGGUGCCUCCACACAUCGAAGCAGCUUUAAUUCUGUGUUGUUUGGUGUAUCUAAAUUUGCAAUUUGUUAUCAAAUCGGAAUAACAGAAUUGAAAGAAGAAAGCCGGGGAAAAUCUGUGGGGGGCUAUUGAGGAGGAUGAACACGCCCUCAGUUCUUAUUGUGCCUCCUCUCAGAUCUUAGCUUUUUUGCAAGAUUUGGCAUCUGGGUGUUGUUGAAUUGGUUUGUUGUUUGAUCGAUGAAGGAUGCGAUUUCGCUGAAGUGAAUCUGGGGAUAUCCAUUCUGUAUAGGAUUUUGAAUUUGUGGGGUUUGUCUAAUUCUUCAAAUAAGAAAAAUGCAAUCCGAUCUUGGCAAGUUAUUUAUCGGUGGAAUUUCUUGGGAUACAAAUGAAGAUCGUCUCAAGGACUAUUUUAGCAAUUAUGGGGAGGUGGUGGAAGCAGUAAUUAUGAAGGAUCGGACUACCGGUCGUGCUCGUGGUUUUGGUUUUGUUGUCUUUGCCGACCCAGCUGUUGCUGAGAGAGUCAUUAAAGAAAAGCAUAAUAUUGAUGGUAGGAUGGUUGAGGCGAAAAAGGCUGUUCCAAAGGAUGACCAGAGCAUUCUGAGUAGAAACAGUGGUGGUAGCAUUCAUGGUUCUCCUGGUCCAGGACGGACAAGAAAGAUAUUUGUGGGAGGGUUAGCAUCAACAGUCACAGAAAGUGACUUUAAGAAGUAUUUUGAUCAGUUUGGGGCAAUCACAGAUGUUGUGGUGAUGUAUGACCACAACACGCAGAGGCCAAGAGGCUUUGGGUUCAUUACUUAUGAAUCGGAGGAAGCAGUGGAUAAAGUGCUGCUCAAAACUUUUCAUGAACUGAAUGGUAAAAUGGUUGAGGUGAAGCGUGCAGUACCCAAAGAGUUGUCGCCAGGUCCAAUCCGGAGUCAACUUGGGGGAUUUAACUAUGGUCUGAGCAGGGUUAAUAGCUUCCUUAGUGCCUACAAUCAGGGAUAUGCUCCAAGCACAGUUGGAGGCUAUGGAGUUAGGAUGGAUGGUAGAUUCAGUCCAAUAGCAGGUGGUCGAAGUGGGUUUCCUCCUUUUGGUUCUGGGUAUGGAAUGGGUAUGAAUUUUGAGCCAGGUUUGAGCCAAAGCUAUGGGGGCAGUGCAAACUUCAAUAAUAAUCUCAACUAUGGACGGGGAUUGAACCCUUAUUAUAUUGGUAAUACAAAUAGAUUUAAUAGUACUAUUGGGUACGAUGGGGGUAAUGGAGGGAACUCUUCCUUUUUCAGCUCGGCGACUCGGAAUUUGUGGGGUAAUGGGGGCCUUAAUUUUGGAACAAACUCAGCAACUUCCAGUGCUUUCACAGGAUCUGCAAGUGGGACCACCGGAGGAGGUGCCUUUGGCAACAAUGGAACUAGUUGGGGGUCUUCGCUGAUUUCAGCUCAAGGUGGAGGAAGUAAUAUUUCUAGCAAUAGUGGAAAUCUUGGUUAUGGAGGUGGUGACAGCAGCUAUGGUUUGGGAGUGGGAGGGUAUGGAAGAAACAGUGGAACCAGUGUAGCUCCAACCUCAUCAUAUGCUGCAUCAAACAGUGGCUAUGACGGGGCCUUGGCAGAGUUAUAUGGUGGUGGUUCAGUUUAUGGGGACUCAACUUGGCGACCACAAAAUGCCGAGCGAGAUGGAUCUGGUUCCUUUGGUUAUGGGCUUGGCAAUGCUGCUUCUGAUGUUCCGGCUAAAAGUUCUCCUGGUUAUGUUGGUGGUUAUAGUGUUACUAAAAGACAGUCAAAUAGAGGAAUUGCUGCUUAGGACGAUCAUCAUUGGAUAGCAGGACUUUGUUGUAGGUGAAGAAAAUCUGGUGAAGCAGGUGAAAUGUGAAUUUCGCACAUCUCCGCCGUUAAUAUAUUUCUGUUCAAACAUGAACGAGAAAAAAGGAAAAAAAGAAAAAAGAUGUCAAAAAAAAAAAAAAAAAAAACUUUAUCUAGAGCUAACUGGAGUGUGUGCUUUGAAGAAUUAAACUUAGAGAUAGAAGUUACAUGGGAUUUUGUGUUAAGGAUUGAGUUUUUUGAGUUACAUUUUAGGUUUUUCUCUUUUUGUUAUUUGAGUGAGCUGUAAAAUCAGAUUGCGGGAUAUAGUCAGAAAUGUAUCAUGCAUCUCUGGUGAGGCGGUGAUACAUAAAAAAGAUAGACUAUGAUUUUUUCCUUCUUUUAUUUUGCUGUAACGUCUCUGGCAAAGUUGUGGGUUAUCAAGAGGAAUGUUUUGUUUUGUUUUUUUUUUCUUUCCCUUCAUUGGGUUUUGUUCUUCCUCAGAUUGUACCAGAGGUCUUGUUGAUUUACUAGUGUGAAACGUUUGAGGGAUGCCCAUCUAGGGUCCCUAAUAAUAAGUUACCCCAAUAUGCUGAUUCUUUUCCCAUUGGAA